AUGAAUUAUUUUCCACUAACAUCGUUCGAUGGUCUUCUACUAGCUGGCUACCAUCGAUCUGCGAAGUAUGCCAAAUAUCCACGUGCAUUAUUAGUAGUUAUUCACGGUCUCGCCGAGCAUAGCGGUCGAUAUGAGCAUUUAUUCGACUUCUUUCACGAAAAUAACUUUGCUGUUAUUGCCAUGGAUCUUCGUGGUCAUGGGCAAAGCGCAGGAAGACAUGGUUUCAUACCAACGGCAGAAGCUGUCUUCCAGGAUUUAGAUCUUCUCUUAAAAGAGGCCAGAAACAUUUACCCAUCGUGUCGAAUGAUACUCUACGGUCAUUCCAUGGGCGGGACAAUAGUAUUAUCUUAUACACUUGACCGAUUUCUGCAUAAAGCAGAUCAAUGCCCAUAUGGAGCAAUGGUAGUGACAGGCCCUUGGAUUCGUUUGGCUGGCAGGCUUCAACCACCGCGUCCUGUUUUUCACCUAAUUCGAGCAGUUUGUCGUCUCCGUCCAUCGUUCCACGUUCGCCUACGAUUCGAUCCACAUCGAAUCACGCGUGAUCAAGAUAUUAUUGCAGCAUAUGGAGAAGAUGAGCAUGUACGUCGAUCGACAACCUUAGGACUCGCGCGUAGUAUAGGUGGUGAAGCUGCUAAACUCGAUCGACAAAACUGUACAUUUCCUGUGCCAGUUUUAAUCCAACAUGGUGAGGCUGAUUCGAUCACCAAUCACAAUGCUAGUCUAAGAUUUGCAAAACGAGGAGAAAAUAUUGACUUUAAAAGUUGGCCAAACUGUUUUCAUGAAUUACAUAGUGAGCCAGAAAGAGAGGAGAUUUUUACUUUCACCUUAGAAUGGAUACGAGGAAAAUUAUCUUUACCAUGA